AUGGAAUCUCUCGUGACGGUCAUUGUUUUCGCGACGGUCAUUGCUUUCAUCUGCAACCUAGGACGCAGAACCGACGUUACCGGCAAACCAUCCGCCCUCGACAGCCCGGAUUCCUUCGGCAUCAUGGCGCAGAACAAGAGCGGUUCGCCGCCGGCCCAGAGCUUCCCCAGCACCAAGCCGGCCAUGCUGUUCAAGACCGGGUUCAACGAGAAGUUCAUGUGUGGGGAUAUCUACUCCGGAUCCACCCUCGUCGCCGUGCCUCUGGUGGGCGGCACCCUCGAGUCGGUCGGCGACUUCGAGCCCAAGUUCAAGUUCACCGUCAACAGCGGGGCCGACUGGUUCCAGAUCGACGCCGACAAGCAGCACGGGCGGCUGGGCAUCAAGGCGGUGGCCACGGACGACCAGGGCGCGUCGGUCUGCAUCAUCACCGAGGGCGUCAUGGCCAUGAACGAAGUGACCAUGCCGCUCGCGUUCGGCAGUCCCGACGCCAAAACGUCGCCGUUCGGCUUCGGAGUCGAGACUUUCAAGAUCGAGGCCGGCGACCCCAAGUAUAAGCCGCUGGAGAACAUGGUCUUUGUGGGGAGCCAGAGGUUCCUGCAGCCCGAGGGCGGCUUGGUUGGCGUCGAAGCGCGUAUUUCCCAGAUCGUUUCCGGCGAGGGCAUGGAAUAA